GACUUGAUGCAUAGCACCUCUCAAGGAGGUAGUAUGGCUGCUACACUGCUACAGCAGAAAACCUUCAUGAACGGUGGCCUCACAGCAACCAGUUCGAACAGUGCCGGUGCGCCGGAUGGCAGCGUCAGCAAUCCGACGGUAUCCGGCCCCGGUACGCCAACGGCACUGGUUGGUACAUCGGCGGCCGGCGGUGGCGUCGGUCUGGUGAAAACGUUCCUGCCCGUUUCGAAAACGCUCAUCCAUCACCUGCUGCCUAACCAUGCGCUACAAACCGCCGACCAUCACACUGCCACUGGGAACUUGCUGCACCGAGGCAACAGUUCCACCGGUGCAUUUGUCGUCGUGUCUUCACCAACGCUCGAUAGCAACAAUCAUCACAGAACUGAGCAGUAUCGAACAAAUCGAGGCACGGCUAGCGUAAGUACAUUUAACAUUCUAACAUCAAGCGGAUGUGAGGAUCCGCCGGCCAGCGCGCUGGACGAGAUCUUCAGUCCCCUACCUCGUCAGGCGGAAUCGACCACACAGCCUUUGGAACUCGGGACCGACUGUGUGUGGGACGCAAUCGAACCGGCACCGGUUACCACCAUCACUACCCCAUCGGCCAUCGGACAGUGUCAGCAGCAACCCACCACCUCCUCCACCAAUCAGGACACAAUCAACCCGCACCAUAAAACGGAUUCCAGCGAAAGUACGCUUGUUGCUGUGUCCGAUGUUUCCAACAUCGAAGCUACAGAACAGUCGCCGGAACAAUCCGAAACGAAUCACGCACCGGAAGCGGCCGACGAACAGGACGCCGAGCCGGAACCGGAAAUUGAUAUCGUCAUCAACAAUGUCGUGUGCUCGUUUAGCGUUCGUUGCCAUCUAAACCUGCACGAAAUUGCACUCAACGGGGAUAAUGUUGAGUUUCGCCGGGAAAACGGUAUGGUGACGAUGAAAUUACGGCGCCCCUACACUACUGCCUCGAUCUGGUCCUCGGGCAAAAUUACCUGCACCGGUGCAACGUCAGAAGAUCAGGCAAAGGUUGCAGCCCGUCGUUACUCGCGCUGUCUGCAAAAGCUCGGCUUCAAUGUGCGGUUGCGAAAUUUUCGCAUCGUCAACGUGCUCGGCACCUGUGCGAUGCCUUGGGGUAUCAAGAUCGUUAAUUUCUCCGAGAAGUACAAAAAGGACGCCAGCUACGAGCCAGAACUGCAUCCGGGUGUCACGUACAAGCUGCAUUCGCCACGUGCCACGCUGAAGAUAUUCUCCACCGGAAGUAUCACGGUAACCGCCGCCAGUGUUGCCUACGUGCAAGCCGCCAUCGAGCACAUCUUUCCACUGGUGUACGAAUUCCGCAAGAAGCGCACCCCACACGAAAAGCUCGAACUGCUCCAGCAACCGCCCGCCUUCGAUCAGCAGGACUUUGACAUGCCGGACGACGGUGAACCGGAUCCGACGGCCGCCGGUACCGUUUGCGAUCCCACACAACAUGAACUGGACGACCUGGUGGAGGAGGAUUACGAAAUGCAUGACGAGGUGGAGCUGGAGAACGCUACUGCUGGACGUCUGGGUACCGGUAACACCAAAGCAAUAGACAAAAGCAAUAGUAUUAGGGUAGAGUGUGCCACUGCGAAGGGUGGGCAACGUUUCGUGCGCUAAGCGCGACU